UGGCCAGUUGCAUAUCAACAAACAAAACCAACUGAUCCCAACAACUGCGCGUUUACUAAUUUGGCUGGGGAUCAUCAAAUAAAAACGCAACUUUAAUUUAAUAAUAAUUAACCCAAAAUUUUUGCUUUUUAGUCCAAAGACAUCCUUAAAAUUUAUAGAUUUAUGUAGAAACGGUGGUAUAUUUUCACGAAUUAAAUUUUAAAAUGCUUUCUACUAGUCAGCAACUAAUACUAAAUCAGUCUGUGAAUUGAUUACCUUUCCCAGAGAAGUGAUACAUAAUUAGUAUUUAAGAUUUGUAAGUACUGUACUAUAAGUAUGACGUAACGUUUUAGUUGAAAAAGAAGAGCUAUCAACAUUGGUAGAAUUGUAUUAUCAGUGUUUAGGCUGAAAACUUUUGAGAUUUGUAAGAAUGAGUACCACUGUGGCGACUCCCUCAGCCACGACGACGACGACCCCACCACCAGUCGCAGCAGCAGUGACGACUUUGAGCGGCGGAGCCAAGGAUAUCUUUGAACUUCAUCACCGAUUAGAAAUCCCGACAGGAGAUGAGAUCGAACUCUAUUCGAAACAUUCCGAAGGCGAUGUAAACUUUUUUGCACUGCACAUUAAAAGCUCUGGUGACCUGCUCCUCGUCAGUGAUCACAAAUUCCCAUUCGAUGGUUCUAUUAAGGGCUGGACUCUGAAACAUAUUCCCUGGUUCAACGAUCCUGGAAAGAGAGUAUCGGCCAUGGCAUUUGAUGACGAAGGAAUCCUAUUUCUUGGAACAUGGGAUGGGACUGUUUUGGAGCUACGGACUAGAAAGGUUUUGGGUUCUUUGUCCAUCCUUCCCGAAACUGAUAUUUUGGAAAUUUGUCACUUAAAUAAUAUCAGGAUACUUCACAUGCUAAUAUAUAACCAAGAGAGUAACAAAGUUAUAUUGUGUAGUGGUGAAAAUAACAAAUUUGUUAUCUUAACAAAUCAUGCACCCCCGGUUCUGGUAACCUUUACUUCCAACAUAAACAGUGUUGAUAUUUUUACAAAUAAAGCAGGCUUAACCUGUGCCUUGGUGUGCCUAGAAAGUGGUCAAAAUGUUUAUACAAUUUUGGACGACCUAGAUCUCCCUGAUACAAAUAUGGUGGAAUCUCAAGGAAAAAAGUCAAUAUUUAGAAAAGCGAAGGAUAAUCUCUUGUCUCGGUUAUCUGAAGAGAAAUUGGGAUUUUUUGGCAAAAAAUCCAAUAAAGAAACUAGUGCAAGUCCAAACAACUCUCUGACAAAUGUCGCUCAAAGUGUGCUCUCUACUACAACCGUUGCACCGUCCGUAAUUGUUGGACAUGUCAGCUCUCAAAAAUCUUCAUCUGUUCCAUUAAGCAAUGUAAAAUUUCAAACAAUUGACGAAACGUUUCGUGGGCUGGUUAAGAAAAUUAUGAGACAAAAUCAGUUCUUUCGACACGGUAACAAUAAACUCGAUUUGUUUGAUGGAGAUUUUAGACAAACGGCAACUACUUAUGUUCCACCUUCCGUGACAAAAUUAUUUGCCAUCCAACGUAUGUAUUUUGCUGUUGACCAAGAUAGCCAUUGUCUUAAGGUUUCCAUCAUAAUUGAUAGUGUGUUUAAAGAAUUUGCGUGUAUUCCAUUUACUCAUACAAUUUUGGCGAUUGAACCGUUUGGCGAGGAAGGGACGCCAUACACAGUGUUUCUAAUUUGUGACAACGGCAUUUUUGAAAUGAACCUAAGAAGAACGCCAUUGGAAACGUGUGUAGAACUCAUGUUAUCUGAAUCAGGAGGGAAUGCAAUUGAUGCAGUUUGUGCUGCAUUGAACGUACCAAAAAAUCAAGUCUGUGUGAUGGCAGGGGAUGUUUGUUCUUUUGAACUGAAGUUUUCAAAGACAAUUAUUUACUAUAAAUUAGCUGGGCUCUCUUAUGCACAAAUAUGUGCAAAAUUUGGAUCCAGAGGUCAGAUUCCUGCAAUGUUAUUCUUUUAUGAACUUGUUGACCAAGAAAGAGCAAAGGCUGGAAGUACACAAGACCGUAAGCUGAUGACAGAUCUCGCCCUGCUAGGUCGAAUCGAGCAAUACCUUCGGUACGGCCUUGUUAGAUCAGAACUUCCAAAGAAUCCCGAAUUAUUAUUAAGGAAGAUGUUGUUGACCAAUGUACACUAUUCAUCUCCUAAGGCUGCACAAUAUCUCGCUAUUCCAGAGUUACUGUGGGCUCUUAAGUUGGUCGGCCAAUGUCGAUGCUGUUAUCCAGACAUUUUAAAUUGUCUGCAUACAAACGAAGCCAAAGUCGUUCCAUAUUUUUACUCAAAGAAAUUAUUCUGGAAUCUCUUAACCAUUGAUUGGCUAGCAAUGUAUACAACAGAUCCAUCAGUUUUUAUCUGGUUCCGAGCAUUGGUUUGGAAAUUUUUAAGAAGAUUUACGUCGACAAUGAUUUUGAAACUUUUGAUACUUCUUCUUCCAUGGCGAAGGGAGCUCCAGCGGAAAAUAUUUACAGAGGUCUCGGACAUAGUUAACAUUAUUGACUUUACUGUUUCUCCGGAAAUUGAACGGAUAGUGGUAGAUGACUAUGUGAGUCUUUUCAUGAUCAUCCUUAUCGAAGCUGUUCGACGAAAGCCUAAAACAAUGCGGCUACCACAAUUUGUAUUUAAAGUCGAUGCUCGUGCUCACCAGAAGAAAGAGAUUGCAAAUCACAAGAACAAUAUGAUUGCAACAAUGAUGCUAUCUUAUACACAUAAUUACUCAUUUUCAGCGUCCAGCAAUCAUUGCGUGUGUGUUAGAAAUGGAAGGGUGUACACAUGGGGUGAAAACAAGCUUGGCCGUUUGGGUUUUGGAGAGAACAAAGGAAAACUUAACGUGGAUGUUCCAACUCCAAUCAGUCUACCAGCUACAAUGAAGUUGUAUAUUGAAUCUGUUUGUGCUGGACACAGUCACAACAUUGCAUUGACAAAUGUGGGAACAAUACUUGUAUGGGGAAGCAACAAGUUUGGGCAAUUAGGGCUCGGAAGGGUGACUAGUUGGACUGGUAGGCUUGUCCCUUUGGAAAUUCCUAAUGUCAUUUUCACAUGUAUUGCUGCGGGCAGCUAUCACUCGUGUGCAAUUGAUCAUCUUAAUCGUGUCUGGACAUGGGGGUGGGGUGUAUUCGGCCAAUUAGGCACUGGUAGCGUUGAAAAUGUUUUUUGUCCAUCAAUUAUUGAAAUGGAGGAUAAGAUUGUAUUCGUGUCUGCCGGUCACUCUCACACAGCAUUAUUAACCUGCUAUGGACGAGUUUUGAUUUUUGGGUGCAACCAUUUUGGACAGUUGGGACUGGGUCUGAAAGAGGGCAAAGUGAAAGUUCCUACAUUGCUAACUUCUCUUCCCAGCGGAACAUUAAUUCGACUCGUUGAAUGCGGAAUAUGUUGCACGGUUUUGGUGACAACAAAGAAUCGUUUAUUUUACUCCGGUUUAAAUCCAGCGUCUCUGAAGUCCCUAUUAAGUGGAGCAAAAAGGAAGGAAAAAAUGCAGCAGGAGAAAGUAAUCUUUGAAGAAGAAAAAGAUUUCAAUCAACCAACACUGAUUGACACUUCCCACAUGGCUGGAGACAUUACAAGAGUGAGUGCUUCUUCCACACACUUUGGCGUAAUGACAUCAUUAGGAUAUGUCUAUACUUGGGGAAUUGGAAAAUCGGGUCAACUUGCUCGGAAUGACGAUGACAGCAAAACAUUGGAGCUAAUUGAUUGUGAUGCAAAAAUGAUUGUGGUUUCGGAUAUUUGUUGUGCAGGAGAUUGCACAUUUGUCGUCGAGAGAGAUACUGGUUGUGUUUACGGAUGUGGCUUUAAUUCGUCAGGACAGAUUGGAAAAAUGGAGUCUGACGAAGAGCAGUCAGUAAUGACGGUCCGAACAAAGAAACGUGUUGUCAAAAUUCGACAGCCUUCGAAUAUUUACUUCCGUCUCAAAGAAAUUCCUGGAUUACCUAAACAAUUAUCAUGGGAGGGAGAAAGUUCAGUUAUUAGCUCUCAUAAAAUUGCACCCCACACUAAUAUUGUUGGACAGGAGCUUCUGGAAUGGUGUUUAAAUGUCUUCAGAAGAAACUAUGAUGCUAAAUUCAUGACUAAUAGGUGUCUGGAAGCUGGAAAUUUAGCAGGUGCAUCCUUGCUUGAAACAUUGGCAGAAAAUCAUGAACAAGCGUUGAGACAUAAUUUGGAAGCAGCAGCAGAAAACAAACAAGAAACUGAAACUGCAAUUAAUGGAUACAUGGAUAUUGUUGGACAAAAAUCUCCAUCCAUUGAACAGGCUUGUCGUUUCCUCAACCAAAUUGUUCAACACUAUAAAAAGUAUGGGCUACCAAGCUCUGAUCUGGAAGAUUUACUUGAACGUCAGCGUAAGUCGUCUGGAUGGGGGUCUCAUCUUAAUCUGGCAAUCAAGGAACUGAUUUCUACUGCGGAUGACAGUUCUGAAUGGAUUGCAUCGCAUCUGACACCCCUGUUUAUCUUGACUGCAAUCAAGGAUGUUGAGCACCAGGCACCAGGAUUAGUGUCAAGAUCGUCCAUUGAUAGUAACGAUAAAGGUGUAAUUAGCAACGCGUGUGUAGCUAGCAGUAUUCUUCCAGAAAAGUCCGACUUAUCUUCCACCACUACUGGUCGUCCUGCCGCAAAAGUCAAUGGAGUUUAGUUGUAUUACAAUACUCGAAAUAUGUGUUUAUGUACGUAUGGUUAAGUUAUGGCUAGUUACAGUUUGCAAUAAGUUCCUAGCUAAAGAAACUCGAUACCUUAAUUGCUUUCGCCAAUUGUUAAUAUAAUGAGAUAAUCUUUUGUUUGUUCUUGACAAGUAUUCAGUACCAAUGUAUGUACACUAGUUACCAUACUCCCUAGGUUGUGUAAGUCGUUGUUGCAAUUGUAGUCAUUUUCAGUCUUCUAAGUUAGUUGCGAUAGUUUAAAUACUUGUUACUAUGUUUGUUUAAAACGAUUGUGUUCAUUUAUUUACUCGUAUUAUGGUGAUAUCAAUUAUUACAUAUAUGUAAAUACAUGUAAAUGACUGUUGAGCAGUCUAAAUAAGUAAUAAUGCUCUAAGAUGAUGAUGAAUUUAGUCAAACCGCUAAUACAGUAUACAGGAUGUCUGAAUCCAUAGUUCUGCAAUGCAAUAUAUUUAAGCACCAUAUAAAAUUUUGCUAUUAUGCAACGCUUGCCUUAGAGCAUGAAAUCUGUGAUGUCCAAAUUUUACCUCAAUCAAACAGUAUCCAGUUGUUUCACCUCUAAAUAUAAUCUGGACUAUUAUGACAUGAAAUGAAUAUAUCGUGAGAUUUUAGUAGUUGUGCGAAUCUAAUAAGCCGCCGCCUAAUAUGCUGGCAUGCAAUCAAUCAUAAAAUGAAAAUUAUGAAUAAAACAAAAUAUUAUGCACAGAG